GAGUAUUAUUUACCGACCACUGUCAAUGAACAUGAAUUGACUUUUAUGGUUGAAUAUUUGUGUGUUUUCUCUGAAUUAUUGUGUGAGGUUGUGAGCGAUGACUCAGCAGAUUUGCUCACAGUGACUCGUCGUCCUGUGACCUUCAGCACUGACAGUAAACAUCAUUAUCUGUGGACGUGGACUCAGUGUCCAUGUUGGGACAUUCUGGACACUUUUGUGCUGCGUCAUCUGUGGAUUAUAUGAACGACGACAUCAUCGCUUUCAACCAGAAGAAGAAGAAGAAGAAGCAACAACAACAAGUUCAACAUGCUGAGUUUCACGGCAGUUUUUUCGUCUUUGCUUUUGUUGCUCGUUUCUGUUUCUGCAGUUUGCUGUCAGCAUCCAGUCGACUGCAGGUGGAGUUCAUACGGAGAGUGGUCAGAGUGUGACGGCUGCACCAGGACAAAGGUGAGGACUCGUCUCGUAGACGUCUUCGCUCACUUCGGUGGACGUCUAUGUCCUGGUGAAGCCACACAAACACAGACAUGUGUUCCACUGAAGAAGUGUCCCCUGGAAACAGGCUGUGGAAAAAGGUUCCGCUGCACCUCAGGUCAGUGUCUCAGUGCGUCUCUGGUGUGUAACGGAGACCACGACUGUGACGACGGUCUGGACGAGAGAGACUGUCACCAAGGCAACGGCGACCACAGCACAUGUGACCUGGACAAGACUCCGCCCAACUCUGACCUCACAGGCAGAGGCUACGACGUGUUGACGGGGAAACUGAGAGCAGCUGUGAUCAACACCCGGAGUUUCGGAGGUCAGUGCAGGAAAGUGUUCAGCGGUGACCACGGGCUCUGGUUCCGGCUGCCACACAACGUUCUCAGCUACAACUUUGAGGUGAACGUGAACAACGAAGAAAGCGACGAGUCGUACGAGAGUUCGUGGUCGUAUGUUCAGCACAUUCAGUCCGACGCUUUGUUCGGUCACGACCGCCGCACGUUCCACAAAGAAGUCACCGAUGACCAGGCGUACAGAUUAUUAAUCCUGAAGAACAGGGUGGAGCUGGCCCAGUUUCAGAACUCCGCCCCGCAGUAUCUCACUCUGUCAGAGGGAUUGUGGAAGGCCCUGACGUCACUGCCCGUCACGUACGACUACUCCGCUUACCGACAGCUGCUGCAGACGUACGGCACACACUAUCUGUCGCAGGGCUCGCUCGGAGGAGAAUACCAGGCCCUGCUGGAGUUCAACCAUCAGACGUUCACCUCCAGCAGCACGACAGAGAUCGAGUACCAGAGGUGUUGGAGAAAGGUGAAGCGUCGUUUCUUCAGGAAGAAAGUGACAACCACCUGCGAGAAACUGUUCAAAUCUUUAGCAUCACGUGACGGACACACUGUGAACGAGAUGCCCAUCAAGGUGAACGUGUACGGAGGAGAUCCAGCCUUCAUCGCUCCUCUGACUGUUCUGGACCUGGAGAAGCCAGAAGCAAACGGAGAGACUUACGACAACUGGGCUUCAUCUGUCAAAGACUUCCCUGAAGUCACAGAGCACAAGCUGCGUCCUCUGUACGAGCUGGUGAAGGAGGUGCAGUGUGCCGGUUUGAAAAAGCUCCUCCUGAAAAGAGCCACAGAGGAAUAUCUGUCAGAGGAGAAUCCCUGUCACUGUCCACCCUGUCUCAACAACGGACGACCGCUACUCACGGGAACGGCGUGCCGCUGCAUGUGCCGGCCGGGAACGUCGGGACGAGCCUGCGAGAGAGGAACUGUCACCGGAGAACAACCAGGUGUGAUCCACGGCAGCUGGAGCUGCUGGUCCUCCUGGGGAUCCUGCUCUGCAGGUCAAAGGUCGAGGACUCGCAGAUGCAACAACCCCGCUCCCAGCAGAGGAGGUCACCACUGCACCGGACUGCAAGAGGAGCACAAGCCCUGUGACGAGCCAGAGAUCCAGUAUUUAAAGACGAUGGAGCCUCAGUGCUUCGGUCUCUCUGUGGCUCCACCAAAAACAUGUGGUUCUCCACCGAACCUCAGGAACGGCUUCAUCCAGAAUCCCCGGGAUUAUUACCUGGUUGGGAGUACGGUGGAAUAUUCCUGCUCAGAUGGACAUCACCUGAGCGGGAACUCUGUGGCUCAGUGCAGUCAAACGCAGCAGUGGGUGACGAAGGGAACCAGGGUCUGUAAAAGCUCCACGUGUGACUUCCCUCAACUCAACAGCGACGUCAUAGCCACGCCCACCAGUGUGACCUAUCAGAUUGGAGCAAGAUUGUCGUUGUCCUGUCCUGCGGGGUCAGAGCUGGGGGGUCAGGUGUCAGAGGUCAUGUGCAGUCCCAGUCUGCAGUGGUCUCCGUCUCCAGCCGUCGUUCACUGCAAACCAGCUCCUGCCCCUCCUGCUCCUCCUCCUCCGUCACUCCUCAAGUGUAAACCGUGGGAGAUCAUGGGAAAAACACAGUGUGUGUGUAAAACGCCAUCUCAGUGUUCGACGUCUCUGCAGUUGUGUGUCACACUGGCAUCGAGCCACCGUCUGCUGGGGGUGUGUCAGCUCGGAGCGCUGCAGUGUCGGGGGCGGGGCUUCACGUUGGCCAAUGACAGUGACUGUAAAUGGCCAGAUGAGACAUUUGUGUCCUGUGAGGACUGUAAACCAGGGACAGUCUGUCAGCAGUCAGAAAGUAAAUGUGUUUGCCAGAAUCCGUCAGAUUGCCCGACAGACUCCGCCCCUCUGUGUGUGAACCCUGGUGAUGGCAGUGUCGCCAUGACAAUGACUGAAUGCGAGGUGGGGGCCAGAAGAUGUGCGGGGGAGCCGGUGAAUGUGACCAGCAUCGAGGCUUGUCCAGAAUAAAGACGCGUGUGUUAUUUUAUUUUAACCAUAGGUUAAAAGCAAACGGAAAGAGAAGUUUUCAGUUUUUUGAGGAAAAAAAAGUUUGAAUUCUGAGGGAAAAAAGUAAAAAAUUCUGAGAUUAGAGUCAGAAUUUUAAGGAAAUAAAGUAUGGAGGCUUGUCCAGAACAAUGUGUUUUUCUCUCUCUGUAACUGAAAUGUAAAUAGAAGAUAAAAUGUGUUUUUUUUUAAAUUUAAAAAUGUUAAUGUUUGUUUAUUAAAGGACAUUGUUAAAAAACAA